AUGCACCGCCCACUCAGACUGAGUGAGAUCAACGUCCAGCAGAUUGCUGAGACUGCCGAGGCCCAGCGAAAGACCCCCAUUACGAAGAGAAAGAGGACCAAGCCUCACUUUGAGCGUGAGCUGAUGGCGGAGCAGAAGGCGCAGUGGCUCCAAUGUCAGAGGGAAAGAGCAGAGGAGAUGAUGCUUGUCACCAUCGAAGUGAAUAAGUUGUCGCACCCCGACAUACUGCAGCGAAAGAAGCUGCACGAGAUGUGGGAAGGGCAGUGGGAGAAGGUGCAAGGUGGCGAGAUGGAUCUUUUGGAUGCUGUGAAUGCGAGGAUUACUCUGCAGGGUUACAAGCCGGUGGAUCGCGAGACUUGGGAAGCCUACCUGGAGCCAGUCGAGGAAAUGCUCUGUCAGGUGGACAGUGGCAUGUUCACGCCGGAAGAUCUUGGGCUUGCGGCCGCAGAGCAGACGGAGACCGAGCAGGUCAACAAGUUCUACUGGCGUGCACGUCCCGCAGGGGACGGUGCGCGAGCGCGAUACGCAACGCGAUUCCCCCAAGCGAUCCUGGCAACGUUCAUUGCGGAAGAGGAGCUGCAAGGUCCGUGUGCUGGAGUCACAGACAACUACUUCGGCUUCACCACGCGCUCAUUGCAAGCCAGAGCUCAGGAGGAUGAGUAUCGCCCUGGGACCUCGGCGAUGCUCAACUACAUGUCGACAAUCGAGGCGAAUCCGUUCCAGGCAUAUGAGCUACCGAUCAUGGUGCCGUAUGCCUUGCCCAACAGUAACGUUCAGCCCUCGCACAGUAGCACGUGUCGCUAUCAGCAAGAUGACGGUCUCGUGUCGCUGCUGGACCGAGCCAAAACGGCAGCCACGGUGCAACUGGAGCAGGAGAUUCUUGACGAGGCCCUCUCAACCAACCUGACGUUUCCCCGACCAGCAACGCAGCGACUCACCACGAGCGAGCAGCGACUUGGUGUCGUCCCUUUGCGCGCUGACUCGGUCUUUGAGCUACAGCCAGCCUUUGGACAAGUGGAGCGACUUCUGGCCAACCUGGGCCCUCCACUGCGCUCUUUCAACAGCGCACGAUACGGUGGUCUGCUCCUAGACCAAUGGACGCUGCCUACAAGCGUCACGGACAUCACCCUUCAAGCCAUCAUCGAUGCUGGCAGCACAAACAACCUGCCUUGGCUGCAAGGGGUCACCGUCACGCCUGUCGACAAUCUUGCUGCUGUCCUUCCCACAAGCAGCACGACAACCCUUGCCAUCGGAGAUCAACCGACGUCGAGCAUCCAUGACCUGAUGCUUGCCUGGUUCAUGACCCUUCGAGACUGGUGGAGCGCCAAUUUUCCCCAGCUGUCUUUGCUGGACAUUGCUGGCCAGACUUCCUUCUUUGGACCGGUGGCAGGGAGUGGACCAAAGAUCUGGAGAGAAAAUGCUCAAAGAGUUGGCCUUGAUCUUGGACCAUUUCUUGAUCUCGUUGCAUUUGUUGACAACCACGGUGGUCUGCUCCUAGACCAGUGGACACUGCCUGCAAGCAUCACAGAAAUCACUAUUCAGGCCAUCGUUGAUGCUGGCAGCACAAGCCACCUGCCUUGUUUGCAAGAGAGGUCAGCGCAGAUGAGAUCAUGGUUGCAAAUGGCCUAUGUCUUGCUGGAGGCCCUUUUGAAGAAGAUCGACAGUGGUACGCUGGAUCCCGAGGAGCUCGGCCUCCAGCCGACUGCUCUAGAAGGAGACGCUCCACCCACCAACAAGUUCUACUGGCGUGCUCGCCCAGUCGAUGCUGCCACUCGUGUGCGGUUCGCGGAGCAGUUUCCACAGGCAAUUCUUGCUGCCUUUAUAGCGGAAGAAGAUGUCAAUGGCCUGGGAGUUGGAGCAACAGAGAAUUACUUUGGCUUCGCAACGCGCUCAGUGCGCGCUCGAGCCGCAGAAGAUGAGCGUCCUUCUGCCACUUCAGCAAUGCUCAAUUUCAUUUGUACGGUCUCGGGCCCAAGACGCUUGGGUGUCGCGCCUCUGAGAGCCGAUGCAGUCUUUGAAACAACACCUGCAAUCGGUGAAAUCGAGCGUUUUGUGGUCAACCUUGGUCCGCCCCUGCACUCCUUCAACAGUGCACGCUACGGAGGCCUGCUCACCGAUCAGUACAUCAUCGACGCAGAAAUAGAAGCGCUCAGCCUGACUUCCAUUCUGCAGUCUGGCGCCGCUGAAGGUCAACCCUGGCUCCAAGAAAUCGUCGAUCAACUGUCGUCGAUGGAGGAAGGCCUCGCUGAUGGUCACAGCGCUGCCAGCGCCCAAUGA